UCGUGUUUCUUUGGGGGAGGCGGGCCCUCGCGGAGGAGGAAUGUGCCGGAGGUCUCGCACUCAAAGCCCGUGCAGUUUUGAACAUGGACACCUGGCUGUGUGUGUGCGUGCUCCUGGGACUCGAGCUCUCGUGCUGCUUCGGAUACGAAGGCUCUGGCUUCUACACAGACGAUGAGGAUUCGUACGCACGGAGAUACGCAGGUACACCAUGGUGUGCCCCAGUGAAGGUGAAACAUGGCCAGGUGAGCUGUCAGACGCCACGCGGCGAACGCCUCAAGAACGUUCUGAACACGCGCUGCAAGAUCCGCUGUAACCGUGGUUACGAGAUGCACGGCCACCAUGAGAUCCUCUGCCACGCCAACAAACAGUGGUCAGGCAGCUACGCCUGCAGAGAGGUGCAGUGUAUGAAGCUGUCGGCGCCCCCUAAUGGAGGUUAUAAGUGCACCGACGGCUCGUACUUCAACUCCCGCUGCCAGUUCUUCUGCUCCCCUGGAUACACACUGAGGGGGGACAAGAGCGCAUCCUGCCUCGCCAACCACAACUGGAGCGGAGGACAGACCCUGUGUGUGGAUGAUGAGGCUCCUGUGAUUAAGUGUCCCAGUGUUAAGGAUCGCACAGCUGAACCAGGAAAAGUGACUGUCAGAGUCACCUGGGAUAGACCAGAGGGGAAAGACACCGCAGAUGGCAUCCUCACAGAUGUGACUUUGAAGGGGAAGCCUCCAGGAUCCUACUUCGCCGAGGGGAACCAUAAGCUCUCCUACACCGUGUCCGACCGCGCCGGCAACAAGGGCUCCUGCCGCUUCAACAUCAGAGUCAGAGUGAAGCGCUGCACUCCUCUGUCCCCUCCUGAUAACGGCUGGAUGCGGUGUGACGCGGCGGGCGAUAACUACGGGGCGUCCUGUGAGUUCCGCUGCCUGGGCGGGUACGAGCUGCAGGGCAGCGCCGCCAGAGUGUGCCAGUCCACUCACGACUGGUCAGGCCAGGAGACCGCCUGUGCACCCAUGAAGAUCAAUGUGGUUGUGCGCUCUGCUGCCGCCCUCCUGGACCAGUUCUACGAGAAGCGUCGGCUCCUCAUCAUCUCCGCCCCCACAGCUGCCAAUCAUUACUACAGAUUCCAGAUGACCAAUCUGCAGCAUGCCCAGUGUGGACUGGACCUCAGGCAUGUGACGGUGGUGGAGCUGGUGGGGAUUUGGCCGGCUCAGGUCGGUCGCAUCCGACACAGACUAAUCCCACCACCUCUGGCCCUACAGCUCAGGCUCCUGAUGCAGUUAUCUAAUAACUCCUUCAACAUGGUGCUGCUGGAUAAGCAGGGGACGGACCGGCAGCGAUACACCUUCCCCGUGACGGCCGCCGAGAUCUUCACCACCAUAGACACCUUUCCCACGCGCACGGAGGAGACGCAGCUGCAGAAGGAGGCUGGACACAGCUGCUGAACACACACACACACUCUCACACACACACACACACACACACACACACACACACACACACACACACACACACGAGAUCUUCACCACCAUAGACACCUUUCCCACGCGCAUGGAGGAGACUCAGCUGCAGAAGGAGGCUGGACACAGCUGCUGAACACACACACACACACACACA